GUGUUUACAGCGGAGUGAAUGUCAGAUUGCACCGUUUGGGGACCGUGACGUGGUGAUUGGUCACUUUAAGUUCAUGUUAAAAACUGUUAAGUUAGCGCUAACUAUACUGUGACUAGUUUGGUGGACGUGUUUCGUGCAUACCCACGAGUUUUAUUUUAAUACGGAAUUUGACUUUUUCUGUCUGCUUUUACUGGAAUCAGACGGUUUGCGAUAGUUUUAGCUGGACUGUGUAACUGACACACGAACCGGUGGCAAUAUGAAGCUCUACAGUCUCAGCAUCCUCUACAAAGGAGCGACCAAAUCCAAUCUUCUCAAAGCGGCCUACGACCUGUCCUCCUUCAGUUUCUUUCAGCGCUCCAGCAUUCAGGAGUUCAUGACCUUCACCAGUGCCUUGAUUGUUGAACGAACAUCUCAAGGAACCCGUGCCUCUGUCAAAGAACAAGAGUACCUGUGCCAUGUGUAUGUGAGAAAUGACAAUUUGGGUGCUGUAGUCAUCGCAGAUACUGAAUAUCCACAGAGAGUCUGUUUCACAUUGCUUGACAAGGUAUUAGAGGAGUUCUCUAGGCAAGUGGACAGUAUAGACUGGCCUUCUGGUAAUCCUGACACCAUUAACUACAAAGCCCUUGACAUUCACCUCUCUAAAUACCAGAACCCCAGGGAAGCUGAUGCAAUGACCAAAGUGCAGGCAGAGCUGGAUGAGACAAAGAUCAUUUUGCACAACACCAUGGAAAGUCUGCUGGAAAGAGGAGAGAAACUGGAUGAUCUUGUGGCAAAGUCGGAGCAUCUGGGAAACCAGUCUAAAGCCUUCUACAAGACUGCACGGAAACAGAACUCUUGCUGUGAAAUCAUGUGAUGUCGCUGCCUCGUCCUUCUUGGACAUGCCUCUCUAUCUCUGCCUUUCUGCUUUUCCUACAACUCCCAUCAUCCACCUGCCACCAGCUCUCAACCAAGACAGUUCAGGGGCCGUCAAAUCCAAGAUGGGACACCGAGAAGAGAGCAAGAAAGGAUGGCCAGUCUGAAAUGCGACCUCUGCGGAUUGUGACUGAUGGGGGCUGAAGGAGUGAUGGGGUUUGGUCAGGGGGGAAAAGUAACAUGAAUUAUUUUUAACCAUUGAAAAGGUAAACAUCUGUGCAGUUUUUCAGUACCAGCCGGAGACAUAAGUGUGACGUCGUGUAUUGGUGAUGUGUCGUUAAAAUGUCUUCAAACCAUUUAAUGUUAUUUUGAUUGAAUCAGAUCUUGACUGUCUGGUCUCCACUCUUAAAAUUCGAAGUAGUAUUAACCAUGGUUGUGCUACUGCUUCAUGGCAACUCUGACAAUCCCACAGUCUUAUCUCUGUUCAUUCGGCGUGUCAGCAUUGCAGUUCAGUCCUUCUGUGCCCACAAGGUGGCCCUGCUCAUUCACUUUAUGGUUUCAUGAACCUCAGUGCUGAGGUCAGUAGAAAAACUCUAAAAUGAGCUAAGACAGCAGAUUGCUGUUUUGACAUGUGAUAGCUGCUUAGACAGAGAUUUUUAAACUUCUCUUCUGUACAGGGUUCGGUUACAUAAUUUCUUUCUUGUUGAAAUCGUUAACAUUCCCACUUUGGAUAACUGCUUUGUUAAGUGAUGAUGAAAAUGCUUGAAGCUAAUGAGAAGUCGGAGAUUAGAUAUAAAAUGUAUAACGAUGUUUGCCAUAGAUGCAGCCUUAUUACAGUGACUAACAUGAAACCCGCUGCCGUGUUUGCACUCAUUUACGAUGUGUACCGUAGCCAUGCUUCCAUACUGAUAUCCCACACACAACACUUAAUCAGGUUUUUGUGUUUAGACGACUUGUACAUCUGUCUGUAAUCCCUCUGGGAUCACUGGCAUUUUACCACUUUUUUUUUUUUUUUUUUUU